CUUUUAUUUUGGAACAAGAAAAACAGAGAUUGUACAAUAACAAUGGAUGGAAAUGUUUGGAGGUGAAAACAGAGCAACAGCCCACAAACCAAACAAACAAAUUCAGUGGGCAUUUAGAGACACAGGAAGGGUUAACCUGGUGAAAACACGAGAAGCACAACUUGAAACUGACCAGCUAGCUAGCUAGUUAGCUACACAGUGUUGACAGUGCUGACAAGUUGCAUUCCAAUGGACUCCAACUGAGAGGUGUUGGAAGCGGCCGGAGUAGAAUGCAGUUGGAGGCACACCUGCGGCUUUGUCAGAGCUGUUGGUGCUACUAUAUGUUCUCUCAGCGCUUACUGUCAGUUUCAGCAGCACACAGGUCCUCAACAAGUUACUAUGACCUUCUUGGAGUUAAACCUAACGCAUCGCUUGAAGAAAUAAAGAAUGCAUUUUUUGAGAAGUCCAAAAAGGUCCAUCCUGACCGUGACCUUUCGAACCCAAGCCUGCAUAGCCAGUUUGUGAAGCUGAAUGAGGCGUACAAAGUGCUGAGUAAGGAGGGUAGCAGGAAAGAGUAUGACCUGCGGCUUAAACACCAUUACACUGGAGAGCAAUCCUUUAGACCUCCCUCUAGAUACACAUCCCACCGAAGUGCGGAGACGGAUGAGCGAAUACGUUACUGGGAGCAGUUCCAACAUGCCCAAGACUUCUCAGAGGAACAGUGGCAGAGAAAGAAAAAGACGAAUUUGCGUCUGGUGGGCUACUGCCUCGCCGGCAUGCUAUUUAGCAUCGCUGUUCACUACUUUGGAUUCAGGAAGCUAGAGGAAGUACAUUCUAACUUCAUGGAUGAAAAAGACAGAGUCAUCACUGGAAUCUACAAUGAAUCCAAAGAGAGAGCCAGGGUAAAUGGUUUUAAGAAGCAGCAGGAGAUCCUGAGACAGAAACAUGCUGAGUUCAUGGAGAGGUACAAGAUUCGCAAAAGUGGACAAGAGAAGUAGUUCUGUUUUACACAUUAUGAGACAGGGUAUGUUCUUUUACACUCUUAAAAAGUUUUUUGGAGCAAAGCCACAGAAGAACCAUUUUUGGUUUCCUAAGGAACCUAUUUUUGUGAAAGUUUAUAAAAGACUUCAAUAAAAUAAAAAAGAAAUCAAAAACAAAAAUCCUCCUUUUGACAUGCUGCCAAUUUAGCAUCAUUAGGCUGCUAACACGCUUGCGGGAAAGCGCUGUCUCCCCAGCACUGAUGCAUCAGCCACCAGAUGCCUGUGCUGACCAUCAUCAUAGUGGGAGGGAUGAGUGAAGAGAGUUAUCUACCCACCCAGAGAGAGCUGGUCAGUUGUGCACUCUCAGGCUCCAUGGCGAAGCAGCAUGACACAGGAUUCAAACUUGUGAUACUCGUGGAACUAAAGUGGUUCUUCAAUGGCAUUGCUCAAAUAACCUUUUGUAGCACCAUUUAGUUUUAAGAGUGUAUAUGAACUGCAGUUGUGUGUGGACUAGAUAGGGUGUUUGCACUUUUAUUAGUACAUUAUUUCAGGUAAUUAAUUCCCGGGUAUCUGGAUUAUAUCUAGCCAUCACUUCCACAACUCCAAUUAGAUCCAGAAUGAAUAAUAAAACAUGCAGACUGCCAGCAAAUGGCUUAUUUUCCAAGAAGACAGUUGCAUACAAAUUGCUGUUUUCAUGAAUGUGAUGCUUCAUUUUUGCAAUGUACAGUUCUGUCAGUCAUGGGCCAUGUGGAGGAAGAUGCUAUCUAUGUUGCUGUAGCAACAGGGCUGGUACAUCAGACUACCACAACAGCUGUUCUGCAUCAGGUGUAGAACAACACCUAUACACAUACAGCGUGGCUGUGUGCCCUGGAUGACAUUUUAACUGCACCUGGACACAGUGUUAUGGAAACAUUGCAUUCCUAACAAAGUCAAAACAGUGUAUGUAGAUCACAGUUUCUCUCUCUCUCUCUUUUUGCCCCUCACUCUCUCCACUUUCUCACCAGAGUGUGCAGGUGUACGUAUUUGUGUGAGGGAGAGAAAAAUUAAGGAGAAUGUUGUACUGAAGGGUACAGAUGUGCUGCCUAAGCUAGAUUAAAGGUGUGACUAAGAGUUUUAUUUAAAGUGCCAGUGCCUUUUAUUGAGGUGCAAUAGUGCAGUCUCAAACAGACAGGGAGAUGACCCAUCAUCAAUUAAUUAAAAUUUUUAAAUCAUGCCCCACAAAAAAGAUUAUCAUAAGGUGAACUCUUGCACUUUAUUUCAGUGCAGUUCUCACAAUUGCCAAGAAAAAACAUGUUUAGUUCUAAAUCAGAAAAAGUUGAGACAGGAAAAUGUGAAAAUGUAAGCUUCUGUUUUCAUUUAUUGAGACUUUUAUUUAUUUAUUUUUAUUUUAGUUUAUUGCAGAUGGUAUAAACCCAAGAUUUCUCAUGGCUUGUCUGGUCAACGUAAUUUCAUUUGUUAAUAUGUAUCCACAUGAUUUGGUAUAAAAGCAGAGGUGGGUAAGGGUCUCCACUUUAUCAACAGCUGCCUAAGAAAAUACUUAAAUGUUUAAAAAUAAUGUUUCUUAAAUUAAUCAAUUAAAAGAAUGGGUGGGAUUUCAGAGUGUAAAGUGUAAGGGUGCAGCCUCAGAUGAUCACCUAUGAUUUUAGUCCCUCAGACGGUAUUGCAUGAAGAACAGUCCUUCAGCAAUAGUUGAUAAAGCCAUGUAUCGUAGAUUACCUGAGCAAACGUUUGUCAAGUACUACAAAUCUAAGUUAGAUUCACAAAAAAAAAAAUACCGGGCAAUACAGAUGUCUGCAGAAAUAUUAAUUGCAUUGAGAUCAACGUAUAUAAGAAGAAAUAUUUUUCAAGGACGUGCAUGCAAUUUCCAAUAGGAUAAUCCAAAGCACAUUCAGCACCAAUUUACAUAGGCAUGGCUGCAAAAGGAGAGGGUAGAGGGUCUCUGGGUUUAUACUGUAUGAAUUCAAACAGCAUUCAAAGUAGAUGUUUAAAACACUGUGAUUUUUAUUCAAAUUUUCCAUACUGUCUCAACAUUUUCAGAUUUUUUUGUGUCUUUGCACAGUUUCCAAAUCAAGUAGUGCUAACUUUUUAAAGCAGCAGAUAAAAUCUGUAUUGCUGGCUGUCAUGCAUUGGAAAACAUGUAGAACUUUAAUUUUUUUUGGAUAAAUGACAAACAUUUAAUAAUAUAAGAAACAAUAAUAGAAUAUAAGAAAAAUGAAGAAACCACUGCAUUUCAGUAUGGGAAUAUUCUAAAUUUCAUUACGGGUUUUAUGUGAAUGUCCUUUAUUAUGCUGCCUUUAGCAGCUGUAUAAAACAAAGGCAAGGCUUUUUUUUCUGCAGGUGUUUCCUUUUGUUCAAGACUGUAAGGAAUUCCCUCUGGACUUAACAAUCAGCCUUGUUUAAUGCCUUUUUUCUUGUAGUUAAAAUAAACCUUUAUUGGAAUGUUUUUGCAGUGAGCGCCUUCAUGUUUCUGUGUGUUACAUUUUCUUGCAAUUAUGAAUUAUUAAACAUUAUACUGAUCUCAAAUGA